CUUAUUUCAGAUGUCAAUACGGGAGCCUUUGCCUAUCCAUGUGCUGGGGCUGUCAUCGCGCGCCGUGUCAUCCUGACGGCCGCCCACUGUGCGCUGGCCAAGGCCGAUGGGCAUCGACUGUCGUCAGUGCGCGUGGGUGAGUACGACACCUCCAGCGAUCCGGACUGCGCCAACACCGGGUUCUGCGCUCCACGCUCCGUGAAUCAUGCCAUCAGCCAUGUGAUCGUCCAUCCAGACUACAAGCAAGGCAGCUACCAUCAUGACAUUGCCCUCCUGGUACUCAAAACGCCGCUCAACUACUCGGUGGCCACACAGCCGAUCUGUCUGCAGAAGACACGCGCCAACCUGGUGGUGGGGAAGCGGGCGACCAUCGCCGGAUGGGGCAAGAUUUCCACGGCGAGUAUUCGCCAGCCUGAGAUGACACAUCUGGAUGUGCCGCUGACCAGCUGGGACCUCUGUCUGCGCAACUAUGGCUCUACUGGCGCCCUCGAGUCUCCCAAUUCGAUUGAAGGACAAUGGAUGUGCGCCGGCGGCGAGGGCAAGGAUGUUUGCCAGGGCUUUGGCGGAGCGCCCCUGUUCAUACAGGAGAACGGAAUCUUCUCACAGAUUGGCAUCAUGUCCUUCGGCUCUGACAAUUGCGGCGGACUGCCGAGUGUCUUCACGUCCGUAACACAAUUCACCGACUGGAUACUAGCAACUUAA